AUGUUAAAACUCUUAGCAUCGUAUGAUAAAGAUGUAUGUAAUGUUGUGAUGGACAAUGCCCCACAAAAUGCUAAAUAUACAUCUCCUGCAAUUCAAAAAGAGAUUCUACAGGUAUUUGCUAACAAAGUGCAAAAAGAAAUUCGUGAGGAAAUUAGUGAUUCAAAGUGUUGUAUUAUUGUUGAUGAAUCUCGAGACAUAUCUAAAAGAGAACAAAUGGCUAUUGUUUUAAGGUUUGUCGACAAAGAUGGUUAUUUAAGAGAGCGGUUUUUUGAGCUAGUACAUGUCAAAGAUACUACCUCUAAGACUCUUAAAGAAGAAAUUUCUAUGGUUUUAUCUAACCAUGAGUUGAGCAUUCAAAACCUUAGAGGACAAGGUUAUGAUGGUGCUAGUAAUAUGCGAGGAGAAUGGAAUGGGUUAAAGGAUUUUUUCAUGGAAGAAUGUCGUUAUGCUUACUACGUACAUUAUGGUCUUUGUCGAGCUUUGCAGCAUAAAUCACAAGACAUUUUAAAUGAUAUGCAUUUAGUCGUUGGUACAAAAUCCUUGAUUCAAAAUUAUAGAGAUAACGGUUGGGAAUCUCUUUUACAAAAAGUACAAUCAUUCUGCCUUAAACAUGAUACUCAAGUACUAGAUAUGCAAGUUGCUUAUUCUGAAAUAAUUCGAUCUCGGCGCAGCAAAGACACCAUAACAGUGGAGCAUCAUUAUCAAGUGGAUGCGUUUAAUGCGGUCGUAGAUCAACAAUUGCAAGAGCUAACUAGUCGAUUUAGUGAACGAACAACAAAGCUGCUCACUUUAAAGAAAUACUAUCCUGAGGACUUUUUAGAGUAUGAAAAAUCACAUUUGAAGUAUCAACUUCAACAAUUUUAUUGUGAUGUUCCUAAUCACCCGAAUUUGAAGGACUUGAGUACCAUUACCGAUUUGUGUAGAAGUGUGGUGAAUACUAGGAAAUCAGUUGCUUAUCCAUUAGUUGAUAGAUUGAUUCGACUUAUUUUGACUCUUCCGGUUAGCACAACAACUACAGAAAGAGCUUUCUCGGCAAUCAAAAUUGUGAAAACUAGUCUUCGAAACAAAAUGGAAGAUGAUUUUCUUUCAAAUUACUUACUAGUGUAUAUCGAGAAGGAGAUUGCUGGAAAAUUUGAAAUAAAGUCAAUAAUAGAUGACUUUUAUUCUAUGAAACCUAGGAGAACUCGUGUUAAGUGA